UAAUGCCUGCGAGUUGCGUGACAUCAUGAAAUUGGAACAUGUACCUGUUUUAUGUGGAAUAUCAUUUAAAGAGGGAGAAAAGGCUGAAACUCCUUUUCCAUUAAAAUGGUAUCCAGACGAACUUGCUUGGCAACAUACUGCACCAAAGCUUGCAAUAAAAAAAAAUCCAGAUUUUAAAAAAUUCCAUCAGUGGUUGGUUUCAGAGACAGAAGCAGGUCAUAUUAGUCGUCAGGAAGCUGUGAGCAUGAUCCCACCGCUGUUGCUUGAUGUAAAACCUCACCAUUAUGUAUUAGACAUGUGCGCUGCACCUGGCUCAAAAACUGCUCAAUUGAUUGAGGCCUUACAUGCUGAUAACAUCACACAGUCAAAUAAUGUUCCAACUAAUGAUUCGGACCAAAAACGAGCUCAUAUGCUCGUGCGCCAGGUUAAAAGGUUACAAAGCCCAUGUGUCCUUGUAACGAAUCACGAUGCAGGACAGUUCCCUUCUAUUAUUUUAGAUAAGGGUGAUAGGGCAACUAAAAAGAAACAACUUUCGUUUGAUCGAAUUUUAGCCGAUGUUCCAUGCAGCGGCGAUGGGACUAUUCGCAAGAAUGCAGUCAUCUGGCAAAAAUGGAGGAUUGGCGAUGCUCUUGGAUUACACAAGACACAAGUUAAAAUUCUGUUUCGUGGUGCUCAAAUUUUAAAAGAACAUGGCCGUAUAGUCUAUUCAACUUGUUCUCUCAAUCCUAUUGAAAAUGAAGCAGUAAUUGCAGAAGUUUUGUUACGAUCAAAUGGAAAUCUUCAUCUCGUGGAUGUUUCAAAUGAGCUUCCCGAAUUCAAAAGAUUACCCGGAUUACCGACAUGGAAGGUCAUGGAUAAAGAACAACAAUGGGUUGAAAAAUGGGAAGAUCUGCCUCCUAAUAAACAAAGACAACUUGCAAAAUCAUUAUGGCCUCCAGCCAAUUCAAGUGAAAUGAAUUUGGAAAGAUG